AUGGUCGAAUCCCUGGUGCGAAGCGACAUGUGGUGCCCUGUGGAGGAGAACCUCGAUGAGGCUAUGGUCACCGACGGUGGCGGCAGCAGCAAGAGGAAGAAGGCUAGAGUGGAUCCUGGGGACAGCUGUUCGGCAAGGGCAGAGGCAUACGGUCGGCGGUUAGUGUUGGAGGAGCAGCUCGCAGCGUUGAAGGAACAAUUGAGGGAAGCGACCAAGCAUCAACAAGCUACCGCUACUAGUAGACCUAAUCUGGCUGUCUCUCGAGCGGUAGCAGCAUUAAUGGAGAAAACAAAAGCAGCCGCUGUGGUCGGGGAGGCACCAGACACUCCGAGUUCGCCGGAGGAAGAGGUUGAUGGACACGAUAUGACGGCAGGUAUGGAGGCCUACGAUGGUGGUCACCGGCAGUCGACGAGGCCUUUCACAACGGUGACGGCCGAUGCUGUAGCGGAAGCUAGUUCCAACAAUCCCGAGCUCAUCGCACUAGAGGUGGAGUUAGAAGCUAAACUUCAACUACAAAAACAGAUCUUGAUUGAGUACUAUCGAGUUAGCGACCUCCUUCGUAUGGAAAGAGAGCUUGUAGCAUGUUAUCAACGUCGUGGGAAGCAUCUGGAGAUUGAGAAGGCAAAGGCAUUGACAACCCUUUUGGAGCACACGAAGGGAGCUGAGGUCGAUGCUGAUUUGAAACAGUGUCAGCUAGCGGUGACGCCUCGAACGUUAAAGGCUCAGGAGCACCGAACAGAGCAUCAUGCACAGCUUGCGGUCAUCCAGAGUCUGCAUAUUGCUACUCCGAUUAUGAAGGGCCGUAGGCAUCGCUUCCAGGAGUUGGGCGGCUCUCAAGUCAUGAGUGUUAUAUCGGAAGUUUCGGAAUCGAGUGUGUUGGCGGGUCCAGCCUUCACUGAGGAGGAACGGAAGUUCCUUAUGGGGCACCUUCGCACGGAGGUCGCUGAGUUCAGCGUUGCGACAAACUUCCAAAUAUUCGUCCGGUGUCUACUCCAACCUACGACGAAGACUGAGAGUCAGGCUCGAGAGAGAUCACAGAGGAGAAGGAGGGAGCGACAAGGGGAGUGGGUCCUGGCCAUACACGACUAUGGUAAUCUCACAACCUCUUGGACUUGGAUCAAGGUCCUGGCUGAGUUGGGAGUGAAUCGGUGCCGAGUACUGGCCUGUUACGAAGGCGCUGGUCUCUUGUUCAAGCUUCUGAUGAAGUACCCUAACCUCGUGGGCUCCCACCACGUUCUGUACAACGUAGAAGCUCCUCAUAAGGGGAAGGGAGGAAAUGGUAUCUUUCAGCCUGUUAUCGAUGAUGGGGCCUUGGAUGCCGAAUGCAGUCUAUUGCGACUCACCGCGAAGAUUCGCGCACUAGGCAGCGCCUUCAAUGUGCUGAUAGCCUCUGAUAGAUGCUAUCACGGUGAUCUGGGCCGUCCUGAUGUGUUCGAGGUUACCCGAAGAACUUUCAACGUCCUCACUGCGUUAUCACAGGACCAGUUCUGCAAGGAUAGAGUGACUAUAACCACCGUCACGCGCCACGAAAUUGCUGAAAGGGUUGCGUACAAGGCCGAGCAACCGGGUGUGGACAGCAUCCGCAUCCUCUAUGGAUCGAUGUACUUCCGCGUUUACGUUGCCGAGUUCAUCGCAGGCUCCCAGUUGCCUCCCUAUGCCGCCGUAUGA